AUGACAAAGGUUUUAAGAAUACCAGUGUGUGUCAGUUUGAAGGAGAGAGAAGGAGGAAGAAGGAGGGAGAAGGAGGGAGAAGGAGGGAGAAGGAGGGAGAAGGAGGGAGAAGGAGGGAGAAGGAGGGAGAAGGAGGGNCAGGGUUCCCUGGAAAGGAACUAUGGAACAGGGUUCCCUGGAAAGGAACUAUGGAACAGGGUUCCCUGGAAAGGAACUAUGGAACAGGGUUCCCUGGAAAGGAACUAUGGAACAGGGUUCCCUGGAAAGGAACUAUGGAACAGGGUUCCCUGGAAAGGAACUAUGGAACAGGGUUCCCUGGAAAGGAACUGUGGAACAGGGUUCCCUGGAAAGGAACUAUGGAACAGGGUAAUCUAUCACACGUUUUCCACCUUCUGCUACUUUACUCCCAUCUACGGCUCUAUCUUAGCGGACAUGUACCUCGGGAAGUUUAAGACAAUUGUCUCCAUCUCUGUAUUCUAUGUUCUCGGUCAUCUUCUUAAAACUCUGGCAUCUAUACCUACCCUUGGAGUACCACCUGUUGAGUUUUCAUUGAUUGGUCUGGCGCUGAUUGCAAUUGGAACUGGAGGAAUUAAACCCUGUGUCUCUGCUUUCGGAGGUGAUCAGUUUAAACUACCGGAGCAAACUCGACAGCUUCAAACCUUCUUCUCUGUUUUCUACUUCGCUAUCAACGCAGGAUCCUUGAUCAGUACCUUCCUUACACCAGCACUUAGAGAGGAUGUUCACUGUUUCGGCGAGAAAACCUGUUAUUCCCUCGCCUUCGGAGUUCCGGCCAUUCUUAUGUUCAUCGCUACCGUAGUUAUCAUUAUAGGACGACCGCUGUAUGUGAUGAAACCUCCUCAAGGAAAUGUGAUUCCCAGUGUAUUUGGCAGCGUUUUCUGUGCGUUGAAGGAGAAGAUUAAAGGAAAGAAGGCUGAGCACUGGCUGGACCUCGCUAAAACAAAGUAUGACAGUAACCUGGUUGAAGAUGUGAAAAGUUUGACCGGUGUGCUAGUUCUCUAUCUGCCUCUACCAAUCUGGUGGGCGCUCUUCGAUCAAACAGGCUCAAGAUGGACCUUUCAGGCUUCAAGAAUGAACGGACAUCUAGGAUCUACCACAAUCAAACCCGACCAGAUGCAGGUUAUUAAUCCGCUUCUUAUUCUCUUCCUUAUCCCAAUAUUUGAUAGAGUCAUCUACCCUGUUUUUGCAAAGUGUGGUCUCCUGAUUAAACCUUUACAGAGGAUGACUGCUGGAGGUCUUCUCACAGCCUGCUCAUUCUUUAUCUCCGGAAUCCUUGAACUACAGAUGAUGAAAACAUAUGCCAAGGUACCUGGAGAAGGUGUUUCUAAUCUUUUCAUGAUGAAUACUCUACCCUGCCACAUAGAGAUUCAGUUGUUCCGGGGAGAGACCGAGUUUGAUACCUUGUACAUACCGGAGUUCUCCAGUGCAGUACAGUACGAGAUAGUACCUGGAGAAUACAGAACCAGGAUCCAGACUAAUACAACCUGCCUCCCGGAUAUACUCAACAUUAGAAACAAAGAAUUUACAGUUGUUGCCAAGAACAAGAAGGUUUCAUCGUUUAUUGUCUCAGCAGAUGAAGGAUCCGUCCUGCUCACAUCUCUUAGACAAGAAGAGGACCCAGAGAAGGAUGAUGAUUCAAACGGAAAGUUCAGAGUCAUUCAGGAUAUGUUGGUGACUGAAAUGUCUAAUGAUCCUUGGAUCCAGCUAAACGGAACCGAGCUCGACCAGCUCCACAAUGCUACAGGAGAGGUUCCAGUAGUCGAGCAUUCUCAUCAUAAUGGAGGUGAGGAGGAGGAGGAGGAGGAGAUAAGCUUGGAGGAGGAUCUAAACUUGGAGGAGGAGAGAUUUCUCCAGCAUCCGUAUAGAGCUGAGGAUAUUGGAACCUACAGUUUGUUGGCAGACCUAGAGAAGGUUGGAGACGUUCACCUGGAGCAGGGAGGAGUCUAUACAGUUCUUCUCACAAAGAAUCCUGCCACGCAAGAACUUGAAGUUAUGCAGUACACUCUUACGGAGAAAAACUCUAUUCACAUGCUCUGGUUGGUCCCGCAGUACGUCGUCAUCACGGUCGGAGAGAUCAUGUUUAGUAUUACAGGGUUGGAGUUCUCCUAUAGUCAGGCUCCUGACAGCAUGAAAUCUGUAUUGCAAGCAGCUUGGCUUCUUACCGUUGCUUUCGGAAACAUCAUUGUCAUCAUCGUCGCCGAGGCCAAGUCCUUGAACCAAGCCAACGAGUUCUUCAUGUUCGCCUGUCUUAUGAUCGUUGAUAUGUUUCUGUUCGCGCUCCUAGCGUGGAGGUAUGUCCCACGGAAAGUUGAAAAGGAAAAGUCCGAUGAAAUAGAUCUGGAGCCUCGUGGAGUCUCAAACUCUAACUUCUCAAACGAGGAUUAAAGAAAGACUAAUCUAAAAACCUAGAAGAUAAAUUGAAAUUAAUGGCGAGCAAAAAAUUUCAUUCAACGACAUAGAGUGCAAUUCCAAGCCAGAACUGGAACCUGUGUUAACCAAAACUGGCUUAGGUUUCACUAGAACAAGAACUUGUUUUAACGAGAAGUAUUUAGAACCGGUUUUAAACAAAACUAGAACCUGGUUCAACCAGAAUUAGAUUGUCUGAGGUCUCUUUGCCAAUAUUGAUAAUUUUGGUAGGGUUAACCUCCCUACCAUUCAUUGUACUGGUAUAUGGUAAGUUAUUGUUCCAAAUGUAUGUUUACAUAUCAGUCUUAACAAAAAUAUUUCUUACUGAUGACGACAUCAUUAUUUUGAUGCACGAUUUUAAAAAUUCAACCAUCUGAGAAUAAAUUUUUACAGUACUUUCUAUAUAUAUAUCCAUUAUUGUGAUUAUAUGUACUAAAAUUAAAAUUUAGUCAUCAAACUAAUGAAAGGUGUAGAAAUUAUGAAUAGUUAGAAGUGAAUUGUACAAAAAUGGACAGCUUAUCAUUUUUCAAUUGUUCUUAAUAUGUAUAAUCAUGUACAACGUACAGCAUUUGAAAUGAAAUUAAAAUGAAGACGACUUUCGAUUUUAAUAUUUUUUAUUUCUAUACCAAGCUUUCAAGCAGUAUGGAUACACAUAAACUUGAAAACAAAACUAAGCUGUAAAUUAACAGUUUCUCUUUGUUUACUUGUAAACUCGUAAUUUGAAGCAAGCGUCUUCGGAAUCAAAACAUAAAUGUAGAAGUCGUUUUUAUUGUAUUAAUAUAAACGCGGACUACUGUACAUAAUCAGUUAACUGUUUACGUUUAUUGUAAAAAUGUUUAAAACAGUUUCACAAUCAAAUUAUUCUUUCAGAUUAAAAAAUCCAUUUUCAUAAAAGAAGAAAAAACUUGAAAGUACAAACUUGUUUAGAAUUAAAAUUGCAUCCCAUUUUCCUAAGCUCAUAUUGAAGAAAAGAUACACUAAGCCCUUUGUUCCGACAAAAUCUUUCUUUGAUUUCAUUUUCACUUUGUUAAAUUAAAAUGUGCUACACCGCAGUAUUGAAAAUACAGGGCUACCCGCACAGGAUGAGACUGCAGAGACGAUUGUACGGAAUUUUAAUCAAUCUUCUUUCUUAGGUUCAAGAUUUCUUGCAGCUGUCAACUUGUUUCUUUUAUAAAGACUGUAUUUAUGGCAGUAACCUAUGUUCAAUCUCCAGGGCGCAAUAUCUAUGGAGUUUAAGGUCGUCAUUGAAGUCUCAUCCUUUGUGGGUAACCCUGUAUAUUUAAGAUUAAUUGUAAUAUAUAUAUAU